AUGGCAUUUGGAACCACGAAAGAGCAUGCAGCCGACCCGAGGCUCAGCAACAUCGCUCGUGCUGAUCCCAUAGAAUGGUACAAGAAGAAGAACCUGCGAUUCUUGUACCUGAUUUUGGUGCCAACAUGCUUGGGUGUUGAGUGGACGUCCGGUUUCGAUUCCUCGAUGAUGAACUCUCUCCAGGCAGUUCAGUCAUGGGUAGAUUACUUUGGCAAUCCGUCUGGAGAUCGUCUUGGCUUACUCAAUGCGAUGUACUCCCUUGGUGCGCUCAUGUCUAUUCCCUUCAUCCCUACCGUCUCGCAGUUUCUCGGACGACGGUGGACCAUCGUCGCGGCCUCGCUUGUAAUGACUCUUGGCGCCGGCAUGCAAGCCGGAGCCGUGAACGUCGACAUGUUCCUCGCUUCUCGCUGGGUGCUCGGUUUCGGGAUACCUUUCGCCAUCGUCAACGCGUCUGCCCUCAUUGGCGAGCUCGCCUACGCCAAAGAACGCCCCAUAAUGACCUCCCUGUUCAACGCCAGCUGGUUCGUGGGUGCCAUCAUCGCUGCUGGGGUCACAUAUGGAACCUUCCAGAUGAAGAGCACGUGGGCGUGGAGGCUGCCGUCGCUCCUCCAGUUCGUGCCCAGCGCGUGCCAGCUUUCGUUCAUGGCUUGGUGCCCCGAGAGUCCACGUUGGCUCAUUUCCAAGGACCGUGGUGAUGAGGCGUUCGCCAUCCUUCAAAAAUACCACUGCGAAGGCCACGAUGGGGAGGAGUUCGUUCGUUUGGAGUAUGCACAGAUCCAAAGCACCAUCGCACAGGAGAAAGCCACUGCCAAGGCGUUUGUCUGGGCCGACGUGUUCCGCGAUGCCCCCAUGAGGCGCCGAUUCCUGCUCGCUGGCAUUAUGGGAUUCUUCACUCAGUGGAGUGGGAACGGUCUUCUUUCCUUCUACAUGAAGAAGAUCCUCAACCUGGUCGGAAUCACGGAUAAUCACACGGUCCAGAAGUUUAUCUUGAGCAAUACCUGCUGGGGCUUCAUCAACGCGGUUCCGAUUGCGCUGAUUGCGCCCCGGUACCCUCGGCGGGUCAUGUUCCUGACCUGCACGAUUGGCACCGCCUGUGUCUACACCGUGUGGACUAUUGCUUCUGCCCGCUUCGCCAUAGAUGGGACUGCGGCUGCUGCCAUUCCUGUGCUGGUCUUUAUCUUUGUUUACUCGCCGUUCUAUAACAUUGGUUGGAACGCACUCGCCUACACUUACCUAGUGGAGAUCUUCCCCUAUGCACAGCGGUCAAAGGGAAUUGCUCUAGAACAACUGACUGUUCGCUUUGCCGUCUUUUUCAACACUUACGUCAACCCGAUCGCUCUCGAUCGUAUUGGGUGGAAAUACUAUAUCGUGUACUGCGUGUGGAUCCUCGUCGAGAUCGCCACCGUCUAUUUCUUGUUCCCGGAAACACACAACCGUACUCUGGAGGAGCUUUCCUUUAUGUUCGAGGGUAAGGAGGUGCAGGACAAGGUGCAGCACAAUGUCGACAAGCAGCUCGAGCUGGGGCCUGUUGGUGUCACGGAAGUCCACGAGGCUGCUCAUAAGGAUGAGACCAAGGCUUGA